AUGGCGGAAACUGAAAAUCUACAAAUUGAUCACAAUCACCCGUUGUUUUUGCAACAAACAGACACACCCGGGAUAACACUGAUUGACAUCAAGCUCACAGGACCUGAGAAUUAUGCAUUAUGGAGCAGAUCGAUGAGGAUAAAAUUGUUGGUGAAAAAUAAGCUAGGGUUCAUCGACAGAACAUGUUUGAAAAGCUCUUAUAGAGGUGAAUUAGGGCAUCAAUGGGAACGAUAUAAUGCUGUGAUACUUUCGUGGAUCGGGUGCACUGUUUCUGCUGAAUUACAGCCUAGUAUCAUCUACAAAUCUGAUGCGAGAAAGGAGCAGGGUGUGAUUGUGAGGAAACUAGAUCUUUUUUUGGAUCAGUUCAAAAACCUCCGUUUGUUACAAUUCCUCGUUCGUUUGAACAAGAGUUACAGUCAUGUGAGAAGUCAAAUUCUUCUGAAAACACCUGUAUUGACUGUGAAUCAAGCUUAUGCAUUGGCAGUUCAAGAAGAAAGUCAACGUACACUUAGUAUAGCUGGUUCAGAUAAGGAACCUUUAACUAUGCUAGCUGGAAGAGGGCAAGGCUUCAAGGCUGCAAGGAAACCAGGCCUCAUAUGUGAUUACUGUGGGUAUAAAGGUCACUUGAAGGAAAAUUGCUAUAAGAUCAUUGGCUAUCCACCAGACUUUAAAAGUAAGAAGAAGUCUCAAAACACUGGAGUAAAGGGAUAUGCUAAUGUAUCAACAAGAGAAGGAGGAAGUUCUGACACUACUUCUCAGAUGCAAGGGCAUUUUUUCACAGAAGAACAGUACAAGCAACUGCUGAGCCUCAUAAACAAACCAGAUCCUGAUCCAGGUGAAUGUCAUACCUUAAUGACAGGUAUAACUUCCUUUUUGUCCAAGGUAUUUGAUUAUGAUUGGAUAAUUGACACUAGUGCCUCACAUAAUGUUACACCUCAUAAAGAAGUACUAGAUAAUGUAAGAAAGGUUGAAAAUCAAAAUAAUAGUGCUGCACAAGUACCUACAGGGGGGAAAUGUCAUGUAGAACAUACAGGGAAUGUGAAGUUGUUAGAUGAAUUGAUACUGAGAGAUGUUCUACAUGUCCUUGAUUUUAAAUUCAAUCUAAUGUUAGUGUCUAAACUGACUAAGGAGUUAUCAUGUUGUGCUGCAUUUUUCCCACAUUUUUGUGUAUUUCAGGGUCUCUACAGUGGGAAGGUUCUGGGGAUUGGUAAAGAACACAAUGGCUUAUAUUUGUUAAAAAAGGAGGUCAGUAAGGAAUUUCCACCUAUAGCAGGAAGCAUUGUGCAAGUGCAGGAAGAUUCAGCACUAUGGCACCUCAGGUUGGGCCACCCUUCAGCUGUUGCAAUACAACAUAUUCCUCUGCUAAAGAAUAAGAUAGAUGCCAGGGCACAACAUAGCUGUGAAGUGUGUCCUUUGGCUAAACAGAAUAGACUUCCUCUCCAGCCUAGUAGCAAUAAAACAGAACAGAUUUUCCAAUUAGUGCAUGUAGAUGUUUGGGGUCCUCACAGGAUACCAACAUAUGAUAAGAAACAUUACUUUGUAACACUAGUUGAUGAUUUUAGCAGAUAUACUUGGAUAAGUUUGUUGCAGUCGAAGUAUGAGGUGUUUGUUGUGCUAAAGGAUUUCUUUACUAUGGUGCACAACCAGUUUAAUCUGAAUGUAAUAAGAUUAAGAUUCUGGGGUGACUGUGUUAAGACAGCAGUUUAUUUGAUAAACAAAUGGCCAACUUCUGUUCUAUCAGGAAAGUCACCUUAUGAGAUGUUAUACAAAAAGAUAGCAAGAAUUGACCAUCAUAAAAUUUUUGGAUGUUUAUGUUUUGCAAGCACUCCACCUAGAGGGGACAAGUUUGCACCAAGAGCAAGGAGAGCUGUACUGAUAGGCUAUUCAGAGACUCAGAAGGGUUACAGACUAUAUGAUUUGGAGAAUAGAACAUUUCUGGUAAGCAGAGAUAUUGUGUUUAGAGAACAAGUAUUUCCUUUCAAAGGAAUGACUUCAGAUCUAGAUGAUAUAUUCCCCCAAGAUCCUCCUGAAUUAACACCUAUUGGUAUCCCUACACAAUCUUCUUCACAACUUUAUCCUCCUGACACCUCUACACAAACUGGAGACAUACUUCCAAAUAUCACACACACAAAAUCACAAGAGCAUUUACAUGAGGAAUUGAAUGAGGGCAGCAUAGAUCAGUCACAACCACUGAACCAGGAAGAAGCAGACAUCAGCAUGAGUUCAGAUCCCUUAGUUGCAGAUAUAGUUGAGGAAACUGAAGAAAUAUCACCAGCAGAAGAAGCAAUGAAUGUUAGAAAAUCAGUAAGAGUUUCUAGGCCACCUAUAUGGAUGAAGGACUAUGUGGCACCAGAGAAAUUCACAGGAAACAGCUUAUACCCUAUUUCUCAAGGACUCUCAUAUGCUAACCUUACUACAGGAUAUCAGUCAUACUUAAAGGCUUUCUCAGCACACAUUGAGCCUAGUUCCUUCAAGGAAGCUGCACAGGAUAACAAGCGGAUUAAGGCAAUGCAAUAG